UGACUCAUACCAUUUCCUUCUCUUAUUUCCCAUCUCCAACCAUGGCUUCCAAAUUAUGGUCCUUUUCUGUCAUCUGCCUUGCCUUUCUAUUCUCUUCCGCGAUCGCCCAGGCCCCGGCACAGCCACCCAGUUUGCCAACCGUCUCUCCUCCCCCCUCUACCCCACCUCCAACUGUACCAACUCCUCCCCCAUUGUCAACACCACCACCUACUGUUGUUGCACCAUCAACAAGUCCAGCCAUUCCACCACCCCAAAGUUCACCUGUCUCGACCCCGUCGCUACCCCCAGCAUUUCCACCUCCCCCCGCUACGCCUCCGCCAUUGCCGCCUCCUUUACCACCACCGCAAGUCUCUCCGACUCCUUUGCCAACACCACCGGUGCUAGCUCCCACCUUAGCACCAUUACCAUUACCGACUUCGCCAACACCAACACCUUCGCCACCAACCCCAGCACCUGUUGCGUCCCCUGAGUUAUCCCCUGCACCCGCGCCGGGAAAACAUAAGCAUAGGAGACGUCACAAACAUAAGAAGCAUCAAGCACCAGCCCCGGCCCCAACCGUCCCGAGCCCACCCGCACCACCUACAGUUGUGGAUUCACAAGACAGUACAGCCCCGGCACCAUCACCAGAUCUGAGUGGAGGAGACCCAAUGAAAGGAAAGGUGGGAACAUGGACUAAAGUUGGAUUGGGAUUCAUAUUUCUAGUUGCUACCACUGGCUUCAAUUUAUAAUUUUUGAAGAGAAUUCAUUACGGUUCAUAAUAUUAUAGAAUUUGUCCCAGAAUCUGAGAGAUAUAUUUCAUAUAUAUCAUUUUUUUAAAAAAUGAUUUGUGUAUUGGAAUAAUAAUAAUAAUUUUUUAUUA